CUAUGGUAGCAGUGACUCGCAAAUAGAUUCUUCGCUUUUCUAACCUAAAACACUAACAGAUCCUAAGCAGGGACAAGAUUUCCUGUUUUGUAUCCGUUUUGUAAAACAAUCGUUGCAAAAUGCCGGAAAGUGUAAAAACAGAGCCGAAGCCGACCAAAGAAGUGAAAACUGGAAAAGAAGAAGAGAAAAAUGAAUUGUCCGAAGAAGAUAAACUAUUACAAGAGGAACUGACUCACCUCGUAGAACGUUUGCAAGAUCCCAACGCCAGUUUACACUAUCCUGCUUUGGAAUCGCUGGGUUCUCAUAUUCGCGCAUCUACCACUUCUAUGACUAGCGUUCCAAAGCCACUGAAAUUCAUGCGACCGCAUUACGACACUAUGAAAGCUAUCUACGAAAAAAUAACAAAUGUGAAAGCUAAGGAAUUAUGUUCUGAUAUUAUUUCUGUCCUUGCUAUGACAAUGGGCGAAGGUAGAGAAUGUUUAAAGUAUAGGCUUACCGGAUCCGCGUUAGCUAUCGGCGAGUGGGGUCACGAAUACGUGAGACAUUUAUCGGGAGAGCUAGCUGGCGAAUGGGACGAACUUACGGAAGACGCGGAAGCUACGAGUAAAAAGCUGAUCGCUCUAGUACACGAAAUUGUACCCUAUAACAUGGCUCACAACGCGGAAACCGAAGCCUGCGAUCUACUUAUGGAAAUCGAAAGGCUAGACUUAUUAGAACAAUACGUAGAUGAAAGUGCGUAUCAACGAGUUUGUUUGUAUCUCACAAGUUGCGUAGCUUAUGUAGCGGAUCCAGAAAAUAGUACUCUUCUUCAUGCUGCUGCUAAAUUGUACAGAAAGUUCGGUCAGUAUCCGCUAGCCGUGAGGUUAGCGAUGCAACUCAACGAUUUGCCCCUCAUCAAGGAUAUAUUCACAAAAUGCACAGAUUUGUCAGUGCAGAAACAGUUGGCAUUUAUGUUAGGCAGACAACAAAUUUUCCUAGAGCUACCCGAGUCUACUCCCGAGUACGAUGACUUGGUCGAAAUAAUGUCCAAUUCAUUAUUGAAUUAUCAUUUCCUUAAUCUGGCACGCGAGUUAGACAUAAUGGAGCCGAAAACGCCGGAGGACGUGUACAAGUCGCAUUUAGAGAACUCCAGACCUCCGUUUGGCGGUGGCCAAGUGGAUUCGGCGAGGCAAAAUCUCGCUGCGAGUUUCGUUAACGGUUUCGUGAACGCAGCCUUUGGCCACGACAAGUUAUUAAUUGAGGAUGGAAAUAAAUGGUUGUACAAAAAUAAAGAGCACGGAAUGCUAAGCGCGACAGCGUCUCUUGGUCUUGUUUUGUUGUGGGAUGUCGACGGUGGUUUAACACCGAUAGACAAAUAUCUUUACUCGUCCGAGGAUUACAUAAAAUCUGGCGCAUUGUUAGCUUGUGGUCUGGUUAACUGUCGCGUACGAAUCGAAUGCGAUCCUGCUCUGGCUCUUCUUUCGGACUAUGUUUUGCACAGCAACAACACCAUGCGCAUCGGUGCUAUCGUUGGACUUGGAUUGGCGUAUGCUGGUUCGAAUCGAGAAGCUGUCUUGGGUCUUUUGAUACCCGUACUUAGCGAUCCUAAAUCCAGCUGGGAAGUGAUAGGCGUAACGGGUCUCGCGUUAGGGAUGGUUGCAGUGGGUUCUUGUAACGCUUACGUUACGACAACGAUCCUGAACACCCUCAUUGAAAAUCUGGAUACGAAUCUGAAGGACACGUACGCGCGGUUUUUACCUUUGGGUAUCGGUCUGUGCUUCCUGGGAAAGCAAGAAGCGGCCGAGGCUAUAAUAGCAGCUCUGGAGAUAGUACCCGAACCGUUUAAAUCGAUGUCUAUGACCUUGGUAGAAGUUUGCGCGUAUGCAGGCACUGGAAACGUCCUCAAGAUUCAGCAUCUGCUGCACAUUUGCUCGGAACACUACGAGCCGUCUAAUGAGAAGGAAGACAAAUCUGACCGCAAGGAUAAAGAAAAGAAAGAGGAGAAGAAGGAGGAGAAGGAGAAAGAUCUAAGUUCCAGGCAGGCGAUCGCCGUUCUUGGUAUCGCGUUGAUUGCGAUGGGAGAAGAAAUCGGUGCUGAAAUGGCGUACAGAACGUUCGGUCACUUGUUACGUUAUUGCGAGCCAGUGAUACGGCGAUCCGUUCCUCUCGCUCUUGGUCUCAUAUCGGUCUCCAAUCCGAAAUUGAACAUACUCGAUACGUUAUCCAAAUUCUCCCACGAUAGCGAUCCCGAAGUGGCGCAUAACGCGAUCUUCGCAAUGGGUUUGGUUGGAGCGGGUACCAACAACGCACGGUUGGCUGCGAUGUUGAGGCAGCUCGCUCAGUUCCACGCAAAGGAUCCAAACAAUUUGUUCAUGGUCCGCAUUGCGCAAGGCCUGACGCAUCUUGGUAAAGGAACGCUGACGUUGUCUCCUUAUCACAGCGAUAGACAAGUAUUAAGUCCUGUGGCAUUGGCUGGUCUCUUAGCCACGCUCAUCGGUUUCCUGGACGUAAAGAACAUUAUUCUCGGUCGUUCGCAUUACUUGCUGUACACGUUAGCAGUUGCUAUGCAGCCUAGGAUGCUGGUAACGUUUGACGAGAAAUUGAAUCCUCUUGCUGUACCCGUGAGAGUCGGUCUUGCCGUAGACGUCGUGGGACAAGCAGGGAAACCGAAAACCAUUACAGGCUUUCAAACUCAUACGACACCAGUUCUGUUGGCGUACGGCGAAAGGGCAGAGCUGGCAACGGAAGAAUAUGUUCCAUUAACGCCAAUUAUGGAAGGUUUUGUAAUUUUAAGGAAAAAUCCAGACUUCAUACCUUAAAUAGGAAACUAACCAUUUUCAGUGGAAAAUAUCAUUUAUAUUAUAUCGGUUACUAGCAUUAAUUACAAUUAAAGUUAUUGCGUGUAUACAGAUAAGUUUUUGAUAUAAAAAUUACACAUUAAACGAUAAAUUCCGAAGGUAAACCACAGGUCCAUUUAUAUAUUUCGCAACUCGCUGAAACGUUCGUGUGAAUAAACCACCAGUUUUGAUCAUU